CCUCACUCUCUCUCCCUCAUUUCAUUUUCUCCGGAGGCACAACUUUUCAGAGAGAGAGAGAGAGAGAGAGAGAAUUUUAUCAGUAACGAAGCUCUGAAGAAGAAGAUCAAAAGAGGGUUUCUCAAACAAGCAACACAGACUUUUAGAAAGAGAAGAGGAAAGAAGAUCGUAGAAUCUGCAGUCAACGAAAAGUCUUUCAUCUCCUUCUUUCUCUCGAGGGACUGGACAUUUUACCAUAUUGGCAUUUUGUAAUAAUGCCUCAUGAAGUGAACCACAUCUGUGUGGAUUAAGCUUUUAUUAGCAUUAGUGGUAGCCUUCUAAUCUUCAACAUGGGUCCUGUUCAUGGUUGCAACCAGAUAUGUGUUGGUUUAAGCCCCAUCAUAGUUUGAUUGAAUCCAGAUAAUUGUGGGAAAAUGGCUGAUCAGUUGAGAAGUAAUGUUCGGAUAGUUAGAUGUCCUGGGUGCCGUGGGCUGCUCACAGAGUUGGCAAAUGUCCCGGUGUACCAGUGUGGAGGAUGUAACACAAUUCUUCGAGCUAAAAAGCGCAAAAACGAGACCAAGGGCACAGGAUCACACAUACCUGAAACAGAUAAAGCACAGAAAAAUGAGUUGGAACAUGUUUCUGAUGUCAAAGAAGCUCAAGGCUCAAGUCCAGAGAAAACAUUUCCUUCCACAGGUGAACAGUCAUUGGGCAAAAACUGUGGGAGUGUUCAGAAUGAAAUUCAGGAUAACGAUAGGGAGGAGCAGUCUGGAGGUAUGAAGUUCACUAGCAAACUUUCUACACCGCUGACAUGCCAUGGAAAUGAAGAGUCAUCACCAGCAGCCAGAGAAGAAACAGAAUUUGAUAAAGAUCAAUGUUCUUUUGAACAAAGCAAUGGAGGGGAUCAAAAUGCAUACAGAUAUUUUAGUGGGAAGCAGUCUGGAGGUGUAAGCUUUUCCGGAGAAGUGACUUCAUCAACUGAGCUUAAUCAUGAUGAGACUGAGGCAUCAUGGCCGGUAGCUGGAGCUCAUAGUGAAGUGGUUUCGGAACAGAACAAUGGAAGGAAUCAAAAUGAACAUGGGUAUUGCAAUAAGAAGCAGCCUGGAGGUAUAAGCUUUUCUGAAGAAGUGGCUUCAUCAACUGAGCUUAAUCAUGAUGAGAGUGAGGCAUCAUCGCCGGUAGCUGGAGCUCAUAGUGAAGUGGUCUCGGAACAGAACAAUGGAAGGAAUCAAAAUGAACAUGGGUAUUGCAAUGAGAAGCAGCCUGGAGGUGUAAGCUUUUCCGAAGAAGUGACUUCAUCAACUGAGCUUAAUCAUGAUGAGAGUGAGGCAGCAUCGCCGGUAGCUGGAGCUCAUAGAGAAGUCUUAGAACAGAACAAUGGAAGGAAUCAAAAUGAACAUAGGUAUUGCAAUGAGAAGCAGCCUGGAGGUGUAAGCUUUUCCGAAGAAGUUACUUCAUCAAUUGAGCUUAAUCAUCAUGAUGAGAGUGAGGAGUCAUUGCCGGUAGCUGGAGCUCAUAGUGAAGUGGACUUGGAACAGAAUGAUGUAAGGAAUAAAAAUGAACAUGGAUAUUGCAAUGGGAAGCAGCCUGGACGUGUAAGCUUUUCCGAAGAAGAUACUUCAACUGAGCUUAAUCAUGAUGAGAGUGAGGAGUCAUUGCCGGUAGCUGGAGCUCAUAGGGAAGUGGACUCGGAACAGAACAACGGAAGGAAUCAAAAUGAAUAUGGAUAUUGCAAUGGGAAGCAGCAUGGAGGUGUAAACUUUUCUGAAGAAGUUACUUCAUCAACUGAGCUUAAUCAUCAGGUAGCUGGAGCUCAUAGUGAAGUGGACUUGGAACAGAACAAUGGAAGGAAUCAAAAUGAAUAUGGAUAUUGUAAUGGGAAACAGCCUGGAGGUGUAAGCUUUUCUGAAGAAGUUACUUCAUCAAUUGUGCUUAAUCAUCACAAGAGUGAGGUGUCAUCACCAGUAGCUGGAGCUCAUAGUGAAGUGGACUUCGAACAGAACAAUAGAAGGAAUCAUCAAAAUGAACAUAGAUGUUGCAAUGGGAAGCAGCCUGGAGUUGUAAACUUCUAUGAUGAAGUUGCUUCACCCACUGCCCUUUAUCAUAAGGAGAGUGAGGAGUCGUCGUCACCACUAGCUGAAGUUCAUAGUGAAGUGAAUGAAAAUAGGAAUUGUUUGGCACAAAACAAUGGAAGGGUUCAUAAUGAAUUUGGCGAUUAUGAGAGGGAGUGGUCUGGAAAUAUAAAAUUUUCCAAUGCAGUUCCUUCUUCUACUGAGCUUAGUUGUCAGGAAAUUGAAGAGUCAUCUCCUGAGUUUGGAACAAAUACUGAAUUGGAUGAGAAUUUCAAGAGCCGUUUUAUAUUUGGAAGCUUGAGUGUGGAAAACCUGCUGGCUGUGAGCCCGGGGGAUUCAGUCAUCACUGCUCAGGGGCCAUUGGGUGAAAGCAUUUUGACAGAUAAUCAUAUGCCUGAACAGCUGGAGGAGUCUCAGAAAAGAGCAGUCAAUUGUUUUGACCGUAUGAACUCUGUAGAUACAUUGGAAGACAUUGCAUUACCCAAACCCAUCUCUGAGUUCAGUGUUACGCUCAGAGAAAUGCCUAAAUCUCCUACCACCAGGAGCUAUUAUGCUUACGAUGGCAGUGUCUCUUCCUAUGAUGGAAGUGACGAUCAAGUCCCUGAUCUCCACCAUCUAUCUAAAAGGAAAUUCAAGGAGGCAAAGUCUGCCAAUACCAAAGAAAUGCCCCAAAGGGAUAAUUAUUCAGAAAUGCUACAUCAAGCUUGGAACUGCUCAUCAAUUUCAUCAGAAAAGAAGCAUUAUGCUAUGGAUGAAUUUCAGGAAUCCACAAGACAAGACCAUCAAGUUAGGAGCAGGAUGAAAUUUGAGACAGACGAGAGUCGAUCCAGGGUGCCCUUCUAUUCAAGAGGUUGCCAUGUUGGCUAUGAAAACGGCAGCCCUUCAAAUUAUGAUCGGAAUGAGUUCCACUGCAGUACGAGCUCUCAUUUGCCUAGCAAGACUGAGUACCUUGAAGAGGAGAAAAUAAAACUGCUAAAAAUGGUUUAUGAACUGCAAGGUCAGCUUAGCAGAACACAUAUUUUGCAAGGGAGGGCAAAUGAGAAGCAGCUUCCAUCGUACUGUGAUUGCGUACCACCUGAGGUGCAAACAUGCCACAGUUCAAGCAAUACUAGAUACACAAGUCGAAUCUGGCCCCCCCACCCAAGUCGAAUCUCACGAAUUCCUUUCUCAGCGGGGGCCACAAUCAACAGACCCCAAGUCAAUUGCUCGUGUCUGCAUUGUUGUCCCCAAGACUGGCAAUGCUCAGCACCAUUGCCACCACACAUUUGCUGUAACAAAAGCCAAUAUACAGCCCACCCAAGUCAGAGAUAUCACAAUCUGUACUGCUCUACUCCAUCGAGUCCCCAGCAUUAUAAGGGCUCUGAGUUUUCUGAUGAUCAUUGGCAAAAAAAUCGCCAUGAGGUGAAGAAAUAUUCGAGGGAGAGACUUCACUUGGCGAAGAGAUAUGUCCGACCCGUAGCAAGUGGAGCUCCUUUCCUCAUCUGUCAUAGCUGCUUGAAACUGCUGCAACUGCCUGAAGAUUUCCUCCUCUUUAAAAGGAGAUGCCAUAAGCUGCGGUGUAGUGCUUGUUCGGUUAUAUUAAAGUUUUCGCUUCACAACAAGACUCAUAUUGUUCGAUAUAUUGAUCUUGAUUUUGCUCGUGAUGCUAUAGCCCCACCGCCCAGUGAGGUCGAUGAUUGCAGCAUUGCUAACAAUUGGAAGAAGUUGGCGUCGGUGUUGUCUACCAAUAAUUGUCCACCUUGUGAUCCUGUGUCAUGUUCUGAUGAUUAUGGACCACCCUUUCAUAAAAGUUACUCUACUGAAGGGGAGUCCCUUUACGUCCAUGCCCUCGAAAGGGAUUCUAAUGGAAGAAAGAUGUCAUCUAGUAGUUCUUUUGAUCCUAUGGAAGAGAGAAAGAAGCAGGGUUUCUUCAAAGAGUAUCGAAACAAAUACAAGAAUUCUGUGAAAACCUUAGCAUCAUCAGUUGGGUCUUCAUUCAAGAUAUCCAAAGCGGAGAAAUCAUCCUUGGAAAUUGAGGAAUCCUCACCAAGAGGAAGAGCAGGUUUGGCGCUUCAUAGGCUCAUGGGAUAUUCUUCCCCAAGUGAAGUAAUUGGUAGCUGAUGAGAAAGUUUGAUUGGCAAGUCUUGCUUUGUUUGUAAAUUUUGUUGUACAGGUGAGAAAUAAGAUUGAACUUGUAGUGUUUUUGAAGUAGUAUACAGGAAAGAAGAAACCCAAAAAUUUGAUUGUUGUAAAUUUGAAGCAAGGUCUUCAAUGUGUAGGGCAUUGAAAGGUCAAACUGUGCUUGAUAUAUAUAUAUAUAUAUGGAUUGAUUUACAGAAAGAUCAAUAAAGUUUGUUUCUUCAAAAUUGUCAAGA